CGAAAAAACACGUUGCUGUGUCAAAGCCAUGAUCAAGAAUCUAGUCAACGUGCGCGGCUCAACAGCUCCUACCUUGCCAAAAUCUUUUCUUCUCUCCCCCCCUGCAUUCUUUCUUCGCUAAAAGCCGCGAGAGAUUGACCACUGUUUUGUGUUGAUUUGUUUAUUAAGAAAAAAAAAUUAUUUUAUGUUUGCCCAGAUUAAAGAAUACGAGAAUUCGGAGAAGCUAACGUGCACUUGCUCCAAGGUCGGGUGCCUUUUGGUCUACAUGCAGGCGCUGGGCUUCGACGGCAGCUCGAACAUUUUCUACUUCGCACAAAUAUUGAAUUGGAACUGAAACAUCCUCUGGAUUGAUUUUUUAUCGUUUGUUCUCGUGGCUAGAUUCCUGCACCUGAUCACCGCUGUAUAGCUCAACCAAGAAGAAGAAGAAGAAGAAGAGAGAGAGCCGGUAAUUAUCAUGUUAGAGGAGGAAACUGAUCCUUGGCGGAUCAUCCUUCUUGCUUUCUUGGUGUUUCUUGGAGUUAGUCUGGUCCUUGGAAAUUCUUUGGACACGGACAGGGCAGUCCUGUUGAAUCUGAAAUCAUUCCUUGAAGAGUCCAAUAAGGUGAACAGAGGUCACUACUCUGAAUGGAAUCUUAGUAGCUCAAACCCGUGUGAUUGGAAGGGCAUCACGUGCAAUUACAACAGGGUCACUGGCGUGAACCUCUCGGGGAGCAGCAUCUCGAAAACCUUGUUCUUGAAUUUCUCUGCCUUGACAGAGCUCUCUCAUCUUGAUCUCUCGUUGAACACCCUCAGCGGGCAGAUUCCAGCUGAUUUGAGCCACUGCAACAACCUUGUGUACCUCAACUUAUCGCACAACAUUCUCGAUGGCGAACUGAGCUUGACUGGUUUGAGCAACCUGCAUACGCUUGACUUAUCAAAGAAUCGCAUCAGAGGCGGGAUUCAGACAAGUGUUCCCACAAUUUGCAACAGCUUGGUGGUUCUGAACAUUUCGGAGAAUAAUCUCACCGGUAGCAUCGAGGAUGUCUUCAAUCCAUGCAAUAAGUUGUGGUAUCUUGAUUUGAGCAUGAAUGAUUUCAGCGGGAACAUAUGGAAAUGGUUUGGAAGGCUUCAGAAGUUCAUUAUUUCUGACAACCAUUUGAAUGGAAAUAUCCCCGCAUCGAGUUUUACGGCUAAUUGCAGUUUAGAAGUACUGGAUUUAUCCGGAAAUAACUUCUCAGGGCAGUUUCCAGGAGAAAUUUCGAACUGCCAGGACUUGAUCAUAUUGCAUCUUUGGGGAAACAAAUUCAAGGGCCCAAUUCCUCCAGAGAUAGGGUCGAUUGCCAGUCUCGAAGCAUUGUUUCUAGGAAACAACAGCUUUUCGAGAGAUAUUCCUGAAUCUCUGCUCGAUUUGAAGAACUUGGAUUUUUUGGACUUGAGCAGGAAUAACUUUUGGGGUGAAAUACAAGGGACUCUUGGGAAGUUCACACAGGUCAAGUAUCUCGUACCGCACACAAAUUCCUACACCGGUGGAUUGUAUUCGUCCGGUAUUCUUAAUCUGUCUAAUGUCGGAUUAGAUCCGAGCUUCAACAAUUUUUCUGGUCCGCUGCCUUCUGAAGUAUCACGAAUGCCGAGUUUGAAGUACUUGACUCUUGCUUACAACCAAUUCAAUGGAAGCAUACCCUUGGAGUACGGUGACUUUCCGCACCUCCAAGCGCUCGAUCUCUCCUUCAAUGAACUAACUGGGACGAUCCCCUCGAGCCUUGGAAAGUUGAGCUCUCUUUUGUGGUUGAUGCUGGCGAAUAAUCAGCUUGUAGGCGAGAUUCCGCCAGAAAUAGGGAACUGCUCUAGCUUGUUAUGGUUAAAUCUAGCUAACAACAAGCUCUCUGGAAAUUUACCAGCAGAGCUAUCGAAUAUUGGCCAAAACCCGAUAGCCACUUUCGAAUCAAACCAGCAAAGUGGCAGGAUCAUACCUGGCUCAGGCGAGUGCUUAAUGAUGAAGAGAUGGAUUCCAGCCGAUUAUCCACCUUUCAGUUUUGUGUAUGGCAUUCUUUCCAGGAAAACAUGUUGGAGCGUAUGGGACCAAUUGCUCAAAGGAGUCUGGCUAUUCCCGAUAUGCGCUCACGGUACAUUGGUCAGGACAAAUCAAAUAUCAGGUUACGUUCAGCUGAGUGGGAAUAAGCUCUCUGGUGAGAUUCCUUCUGAUAUCGGCAAGAUGCACAACUUUAGCAUGUUACACCUCGGCGUCAAUAACUUUUCUGGGAAGUUCCCUCAGGAAAUAGGAGAAUUGCCCCUGAUGGUUUUGAACAUUUCCGUCAACAGGUUCUCUGGGGAAAUUCCACGGCAAAUAGGCGAGAUCAAGCGCCUCCAGAAUCUCGACUUGUCCUCCAACAAUUUCUCGGGCACUUUCCCUGCAAGCCUGAACGAUUUGACUUGGCUGAGCAAGUUCAAUGUUUCCUACAAUCCAUUGAUACAUGGCGUGAUCUACGUGACUGGGCAGUUAGCUAAGUUUGAGAAAGAGUCUUUCCUCGGCGACCCUCUGUUGGUCAUUGGGUCUAUCCCUCAUCGACCACUCCAUCCAUCGGCAAAUCACACGAGAUCAGGCACCAAGAAGGCUCCGAAGCUUAUCAUCUUUCCGGUGAUCUUUGCUCUGGUUCUUACUUUCUUGGCAUUUGGGAUCUUAUCAUUCAUACAUUUCUCAUCGGUCAAGAGCUCGCUUUGUUAUAGAUGAAGCCAAAUAUUUUUAGGGGCUUUUUUGUCUUUUCCAUUAUAUUUGCUUUUAGGUUAAAAGUUACACAUUUAUAUUAGCGAUAGCAAGACGCUAGUCGUUAAGAGGCUGAAAAAGAAAAUAGAGAGGCAAGAAAAAGAUAGAAGAAAAUAGUGAGUUUUUUUUCUUUAUUUCAAUCUCUUUGUGCCCUGAUGUUGAGAGA